AUGAGAUUGCUUGCACAUCUGCUUGCUUUGGUAUGCAUCCUGACAUAUGUCUCGGGUGGAAAAAACACCAAUGAGACCAAAGCGAAGGAGUUUUUGGCGACCUACAAUGAACUUGCUGCGGGAAUCUUCAGACGCUACAAGCUAAAGGAAUGGGCAACAUUCGAGAACAACAGCGUUAGGAAUCGACAGCUCUUAAGACACGAAGGCAGGUUAAAAAUAACGUUCAUGAGAUAUAUGCGAGUUCAAGCUUUAGAGUUCAAACUUUCUGCCAUGAGUGCAGAUACUCAACGACAGCUUUUUAAGAUCAGGAACAUAGGAAUCGCUGCACAAUCGGAUGAGGACAAACUUAAUGAGCUGGUAACUGUCUUGACAGUGAUGGAAGAAACUGUCAUCAACGCAAAAUACUGUAGCAUUCUAACGGAUAGUUGUGAUUACAAUCAGCCAGUCCUUCUUCCGAACUUCAAUCAGAACUUUUUAUCUACAGUCUGGACUAGUUGGCGAAACAACACAGGGAGGAAGAUAAAAAAUCUAUUUACAAGUUAUGUAGCUCUAAGCAACGAGGCUGUUCAACUCUCAG